AUGACCUCCACCGUCCCCCUCCGCGUGGGCUUCGUGCCCGAGCACUUCUCGACCCCCCUCCACUUCGCCCAGAAACACUUCGGCCUCGACGCCACCCUGAUCCCCUUCCCCUCCGGCACAGGCCACAUGGUGACGGCGCUGCGCGCGGGCGAGAUCGAUGUCGGCAUCGGUCUGACGGAGGGCUGGGUGGCGGGGCUAGGGAAGGCGCAGGAGCAGGGGAAGGAGGAGGGGAAGAAGGGUGCUGAGGUCGAUGGUGGGUUUCGCCUGGUGGGGACGUACGUGGAGACGCCGCUUUGCUGGGCGAUCUCGACGGGCGCCAACCGGCCCGAAAUCAUGGGCGUUGACUCGCUGCAGGGCGGCAAGAUCGGGGUAUCGCGGAUCGGGUCGGGGAGCUACGUGAUGGGGUUUGUGCUGGCCGACCAGCGCGAGUGGCUGGUGCCGACGGCCGGCGUGGGCUUGAAGGAGGAGCAGGCGUCGCCGUACGGGGACACGGUGGUGCUGGACACCUUCGCGCGGUUGCGGGAGGCCGUGAAUAAGGGGGACGCCGACUUCUUUAUGUGGGAGCAUUUUACGUCGAAGCGGUAUUUUGACAGUGGGGAGAUUCGGAGGGUGGGGGAGAUUUAUACCCCGUGGAGCAGCUGGAAGAUUGUGGCCUCAACGGCGUUGGAUGGGCGGGAGGAUGGGGUUAGGCGGGUGGAUGGUUUGCUGGAGAAGCUGGACCAGGGGAUUGCGUAUUUUAACGCGAACCAGGAGGAAGCGGUCAAGUAUAUCAGCACCGAGUUGGAUUACUCGGAGGAGGACGCUAGGGAGUGGCUGAAGACGGUCAGGUUCCCGGAGCGGACCCAGGGCGUCGACCCGGACGUCAUCGUCAAGACGGUCGAGAUUCUGUGCAAGGCGGGCGUUCUGACUGUGGGAGGGGGCGUGGAUGCGCCUGCCAUGAUUGCAAGGAAGCGGUAG